CUCGCUCAGCUACUGAACUCCCAACUAUCCACAAGCACGAGAGCCGGUGCAGAAGCCACGCCGGUUCAGAUAAUCUCUGCUGGAUGGAGAAAGAUCGUGGGGACUGGUACUCUGAUAGUCUGAUGAACGCGAUGGAGAAGGGCCGCGACGCAACGGCAGGGUUUCCUGGACCUGCACGUGCUCGGUGCCCAACCUUCCAAGGCAUCCAGACCAACAAGGUGACCUCUGAAAACGUAAGCGCGAAGAGAACGAAGAGGUUAACUGAAGAGAACGAAGUGUCUGAUAACGGAUUUGGUACUGAAGUUGAUACCGCGAGAACGACACGAAAGAUCAUCGCGCAAUCAGCGCCACGAACUAUCGCCCUCAGUCUCGGCGGCAGUGGCGGCGGGGACGGCGAUGCGAGCCCUCACCAAGAACUGGUGCCCACUGCCCACCAAACCAUAGCCGUCAAGCCGGCGUUCUGCCUGGCUCCCGGCGGGCACCAGCCAUGCAUGGCAAGUCAGGGGUUUCUUGGAGUGGCGUUAAAGCCAGCAGAGGUGGAUGGGCAGCACAGAGAAACCAACGAACUCAUUCACUCACCGGCUGAAGCUGGGUUACCGGCCUGGAACAGCAAGUGUGUCCGCACACACGUACACCCCCAUCUCAUCUCACCCCCGUGUCCCGUCCUGUUCCUUCUUUUGUCGCGGCCAUUGAGAGCUCGUCGGCGCGGCGAGGAGAGCUUCUCUCUCCCCUUCUUUCACCGUCCAUGACCGGCAGCGAAAAAAGAUGGGCUUGGCGAUGAAGUGCGUCUUGCUCCUCCUCUCGGCCUCCCUCGUGCUCCUCCUGCUCAACUUCCAGGUCCUGGAUGGGGCGCUCCGUCAGGCGAGCAAUGAGCGCGGCAAUGUUCGUGUCAUCGUGGCGGUGACCCACGAUGUCGGUUCCGGUUUGGUCUCCAGGUUCAGGAUGCUGAUGGGCUUGGAUCACCGUCGGCCCCGACACCGGAGGCAUCACAAGAGUUCUGCAGCUCCGGCUCCAGCACCUGCACCAACAACACUGGCUCAUGAAGCAAGAGCACCACCUGCUCCAGCUCCAGCUCCUGCUCCUCUUCCCCACACGAGUCACAGCAGGGCGCCGCUGAGAAACCGUGGACACAUUGCUCCGGUGAGAAGCGUGGCGCGCAGACUGGGCGGCGGAGGCCACACCAGGCUCCCGAAAGGCGCCAUCGUCGCUCUGGCUGUGGUUGGGACGUGCCUGCUUGUUCUCGGAGUCGCCAUUGCCGCGGUCUUGAUCAGGAGAUCAAGGAAGCUUCAGAAGAAGCCGUUCAAGCUGCUGUUCCAUGGAUCGAGAGCUCACAGGUCGCCUUGUGCUACCAUGAAGGUCAGUUCCCAUCCUAGCCCGGAUCUGCUGUUCCUGAGUUCUGCUGUGCAAUGCCACGAGGACUACCCAACCCUCAAGGAAUCUUCAGAAAAUAAGAGCUUAUCCGUCCGUAGCACUCCCACAAAAAGCGCAGAGUUAAUCGUAAGCGAUCAUACUGUGAAAACCAACGUCGACUUGCAGUCUGACGAGGCUGAUUCUUUCCAUUCAGUACCCUGUUCUCGCUCGUCAGGUGGCUCCAUUGAACAGUCGCCACCGCAAAUCUGCGAUAAAACUGUCACAGAUCCUCCGUCUUCUCCACUCACGGAUGAUUCACCAUCUGGUUCAUCAUAUCAGUCACUGUCACCCGAUUUUAGAUCUCAAUUCUCUCCAAAGACUCCAACUUCAGCAGCUUCAGAUAGCACCCAUGCAAGUAACACCUUUUGCCAUCCUCCAGAAAAACAAGACUAUCAAGAAACUUCAAAAACAGCUAUCACUUCUGGAUCCAUGGCACAUCCUGAAUCUCCACGAGGAGAGCAGGGCAACUCAAAUCAGUUCAUGAAUUCAUCCUCAGGAUAUAAAGCUACAUGCAAUGCUACAGAGACCACACCCUCUGAAACAAGCACAGCAUUUAGUGCAUCAAAUGAAACAUUCAAUUUGGAUGCUAAGAAGACCUCAAGGAGUUCAGCUGAAGGGGCCGAGUCCAAACCAUCCAGGGCAACAAAUGUACUGAAAUUGCCACCGCCCCCUCCACCGCCAAGCAAACCACCUUCAAGUCUUAUAGGGCAGAACUCUGGCCAGCCUCCACUCCCACCUCCAUUACCGAUUCAGGUACAAGUGGGCAAAGAUGGAUUACCCCUUCCAAGGUUGAAACCUUUGCACUGGGACAAAGUAAGAGCAGCUCCAAACCGCUCCAUGGUGUGGAAUGACAUCCAGUCAAGUUCCUUUGAGUUCGAAUUUGAUGAGCAGAUGAUCAAGUCCUUGUUUGCAUACAACUUUCAAGGCCCAGCAAAAAAUGAGGACGCCACGAACAAGACUUUAUCUACCAGCAAACAUGUUAUUGAGCACCACAAACUUCAAAACACUACCAUAUUGAUGAAGACCUUAAAUGCAAGCACUGAACAAGUCUGCAGUUCUAUAACAGAAGGAACUGGAUUAUCCGUGCAACAACUGGAAGCUCUGGUCAAGAUGAAACCAUCCGAGGAAGAAGAGAAAAAACUAAUGGAUUAUGAUGGGGACAUCAACAUGUUGGAUCCAGCAGAGAACUUUGUCAAGGUGCUACUGACAAUACCAAUGUCAUUUUCAAGAAUCGAGGCGAUGCUGUACAAGGAAACUUUUGAUGAUGAAGUUGCCCAUCUCAGAAUGUCCUUCACAUUGAUUAAAGGAGCCUGCAGUGAACUAAGAUCCAGCAAAUUAUUCUUAAGAUUACUUGAAGCAGUACUCAAGACAGGGAACAGGAUGAAUGUUGGAACAAUAAGAGGAGGUGCAAGUGCUUUUAGACUCGACGCACUGCUGAAACUGUCAGAUAUACGUGGAGCUGACGGAAAGACAACCCUCCUCCAUUUUGUGGUCCAAGAGAUGGUACGAUCACAAGGAUUAAAGGCUUCAGAUAAGAUUGGUGGGACACCUGGACCAUGUCGCACCACACCAACAGGACGAGAAGAGUAUUUGGAAAUGGGUACAGAAUUUGUGUCUGAGUUAAGCAAUGAGCUUGCCAAUGUCAAGAAGGUAGCAAGCAUAGACCUGGAUACCUUAAAAAGCUCAAUCUCAAAUCUUUCACAUGGAUUGGCUCAACUAAGCAGGCUCAUCGGAAAAGAUCUUACCUGCAAUGACAGGAACCAGAACUUCCUGCAUUGCAUGAAAUUGUUCCAAACUCAUGCAGAGAAUACAAUGCAGGAACUCAAAGUCGCCGAAACAGAGGUCCUACAGCAGGUCAGAGAACUCACACAGUAUUAUCACGGAGAAGUUGGCAAGAAUGAGUCCAACCUCCUCCACAUAUUUGUCAUCAUGAGAGAUUUUCUUGGUUUGCUAGAUAGGGUGUGCCGAGAGAUGAGAGGUUCAAAGCACAUCCAACGUCUGAACAUAGUCCUUCCACUCAGGUGAAUAAUUUGAUGAUCAGACUUCAGAUUGGCCAGCUUAACAUUAACAAAUUAACCUUUUUGUGUGACUGUGUGUAUAGUUAUUAGCUUGAGAUGGGUUGAUGUGUUGGUAUCAACUAUGGAGAGUUUGUACAUGUGCAGAGUUGUAUUAGAAUGAUGUUGGGUUGGAAUGUUGGAUUGCAUGGUUUUCAGUCUGUUAAAUAUACUCACAACCUAACACUGAACAACUUAUAUUUCUUGGAUGUAUAGCC